AUGAAGUUCCUUUUGUUUUUCACUCUUUUGGCUCUACUGGUCGUGGGGCUGCACGCGUCUGAGCCGGAUGCGAUCACAUUCCCUUCCUGCGCACUUGCCUGCGACAAAGCACUGUUCUCGGAAUGCUCACUGAGCAAUAAGACAUGCUUCUGUGAGAGCAACACACGCCCGACCGCUCUGCUCGACUGUGCCGCGAGCAACUGCACGACAAAGGAGUACUUUACUACGAGACGACUCUAUGAGCAGAAAUGUGACAUCACACCCCUCAAAGGCCCUUCUGUGGUCGAGGGCGCAACUUUAGUCCCUCUCAUUUUCGCCACGUUUUUCUUCGUGGCGCGAAUUAUGGCCAAGAGUGGCGGCCUAGCUGGUGGAUGGGGAUGGGAUGAUUACACUAUCAUUAUUUCAUUCGUUCUCGGUAUUGCUAUCUACGUCUUGAAUAGUUACAUGAUCCGCUUCGGCUUCGGUCAGAAUAUCUGGGAUGUCCCAUUCGACGACAUCACCAAGUUCUACCAGCUUUUCCAAGGUCUCGCCGUGAUGUAUAAGCUGCAAAUAUCUCUGGCCAAGAUCUCAGUCUGCCUUUUCCUGCUGCGGAUUUUCCAGUCCCGCACGUUCCGCUAUAUGGCAUAUGCACUCAUCGGCAUCAACGCUGCCACUGGCAUCACUUGGGCCUGUGUGGAUUCUUUCCGUUGCUUGCCGACCCACUUGACAUGGACUGGCUGGAUGAAUGAGGAAGAAGGUCAUUGCAUUGACUUUAUCUCUUCGAUUCUUGUCAACUGUCUGGUCAACAUCUUUGUCGACUCUAUCAUGAUUGUCAUGCCGGUAUAUGAGGUCGUUCAGUUGCAGUUGCCUCUGAAGAAGAAGCUUACUGUGGCACUGAUGUUUGUCGUGGGCUCACUCCUCACUAUCAUCGCCAUUAUCCGAGUCGUCGUCUUCUGGAACCACCGCUGGGGUGCUAACCAGACCCUCGGUCUAUAUCCUCUCAUCCACUGGUCUGUCAUUGAGACUCAGAUUGCCAUCAUGUGUGCCUGUCUCCCUGCAUUCAGAGCCCUGAUCGGUCGCUGGUUCCCCGGCCUUCUGGGAGGCUCUCGGGGCCGAACAUAUCCAUCGAAUGCGGCGGAAUAUGUUAGACAAACCGAAGGGAACAGCAAUAUCAACAAAUCUGUUAGCUACUCGGUGAAUUACGCAUCACGCUCAGAGAAUAGUGUGGUAGAGUUAGUGGACGUGGAUAGGAAAUACGGUCGAUGA